GGGAAAGGCAUAUUCAGCGUGUGUGCUUCACCUGCGAAGGCAUAGGCUAAAGCUACUGCUCAGAGAUUCUGCAAUUCCUAACUAUCCGGACUCCACGUGACGCCAGAUUUCCCUAACCAUUAAGACCUGAUUUUCAUCAAGGAUGAUGGAGAAUGGUAACGGAAGGCUCAUGGAGAUAUGGCGAUCUUCUCAAGAUUUCAUCCGUCAUUCGAUCGGCGGCCUUGGAGAAAGACGGACUACAAUUUUGUCUGUCCAAGGAGGACAUUGGCGGAGAGGUGUCACGUGACCGCGGGCGCCAAUGUUACACUACAAGGGUGUCAGCACCCUGUCAGUUUCCAAACUAAAUACUGGGAAGCAACGAGAUGCAAAAGGCGGCCUUUUUUGACAGCUCAGCAAUAUACAGCAGCUAUCCGUAUCAAGGAGCAAAUGGUUUCAGUGAUCGUGCCAAUCAGCCGGCUUACACCCCCUCUCAAGUGGAAAAUGACCAGCACCCACCUGCCUGCUCCCUGCAGUCCCCUGGCAGCUCAGCUCCACUUGCGGAGACUGGGGAAAUGACCGAGAGCUGCAUGCAGAGCAGUGCCUCACAGGCCGGCCUCACUCCGGACAUCCCCAGCUGCCUCCAACCCCUGACCCUGGACACUGUACCACCUCCUCCGUCUGGUGCUCCCAUUUCACCCAUCCAAACCCCAACAAGAAAUUCCUUUCAGUCUAACGGCAAAAACCCAAUGCACAGCUUUCCUACUGAUGCCUCCAGAAAACACAUCUUCCCAUGGAUGAAGGAAACGCGUCAGAACUCCAGGCAAAAAACUGACAGCUCCAGUUCAGCUGAAAGUGGUGUAGGAGACGGGAGUCCGCCAGGAUCCGCUGCAUCGAAGAGAGCCCGAACGGCUUAUACAAGUGCGCAGCUUGUGGAGCUGGAAAAGGAAUUUCAUUUCAACCGUUACCUUUGCCGGCCUCGGAGGGUUGAAAUGGCUAACUUGCUUAACCUCACCGAAAGACAAAUAAAAAUCUGGUUUCAGAACCGCAGGAUGAAGUACAAGAAGGAUAAAAAUGUAAAUGGAACAGCGUCAUCCCCCGGAUGCCAGUCCCCUCGAAGUCCAGUUGCCCAGUGUUCGGCAGGAGGAUACCUCGAUUCUAUGCAUUGUCUCGUAAAUCGUUUACAAUAUGAGCCACAUUCACCCCGAUCUCGGUCUUCAAAUGGACUUCAACAAAAUGCAUAUAGUUUGGCCACGUCAUAUCCGGUGCAUGUGAGCCACUCUCCACAUAACUGCCCGCCUCCACAGAAGGGAUGUGCGGUGGCAGGCGUGGUCACUCCAGAACAUCCCCAUCAAGGCAGUGGGGAAUAUGGGAGUCACUUACAGAGUAGCCAGUUUUGUGCCAGUGGAGGCUAUGCAGAUUCUAUAGCUAACUCACGGUCUUCAGGUUUUGAUCUGGCUCACAUUACUCAUCAUGCAUCAUCUAACAUGGACUACAAUAGCGGGAGCGCGAUGGGCAGCUUCCACCACCAUGGACCAUGCGACCCACAAUCCACGUAUUCAGAACUUACUUCGCAAUAUUCUCAGGAAAUGAUGCAGGAAGCGCCCAGACUGACACAUCUGUAAUGAACAUGUUGUAGCU